AAAGGAGUAGCCUCUCUCCAGCAUGGCAGCCACCAUAGACAACAGCAAUGCAGCACAGGCGACGAAGAGGAAGCAUCUUGGGAUCCCUGAGGCGGUGUUUGUGGAGGAUGUCGACUCUUUCAUGAAGCAGCCGGGCAAUGAGACGGCGGACUCAGCGCUGCGGAAACUGGACGAACAGUACCAGAAAUACAAAUACAUGGAGCUCAACCUGUCUCAGAAGAAACUCCGGUUGAAAAACCAGAUCCCACAAAUCACACAGACGCUAGAAAUCCUACGGCACAUGCAGAAGAAAAAGGAGACCACAGACCCCAUGGAAACACACUUCCUAUUGGCUGACAAUGUUUACUGCAAGGCCACAGUGCCGCCCACCGACAAAGUCUGCCUAUGGUUAGGGGCCAACGUCAUGUUAGAGUACGACAUCGACGAAGCCCAGGCUCUCCUAGAGAAGAACCUGUCCACGGCAUCUCGUAACCUAGAGACACUCGAGGAGGACCUGGAUUUCCUGCGAGACCAGUUUACCACCACCGAAGUCAACAUGGCACGAGUCUACAACUGGGACGUGAAGAGAAGGAGCAAAGAAAACCUCCUCAAAUCAGCAGACAAGUCUUAAUAUUGAUAGAACAGCCUCCACAUCUCCCUCUUGCUAACUAUCUUCUCCUUUAGUCAAUGAAUAAAACAAAAACCUGCCCCCCCCUCCUUACACCUCCUCCCUCCCCCCUUACACAUAAUAUGUAUGUUCACCCCAGAGCUCAGUAGAUAAGAGGGCAUGUUUUAAAAUAUCACCUAAAGUUGUUGGGGCGUGCUUGAUUUUGGACGCCCACUUUUCGAACACGCCCUCUCAUCGUGUGUAGCUCUUCCUUACCACCACCACCACUACUGUUUUUCUGUUGAUUUGUUACUUUUUAAAGUAUUUUUUCAAGUAAAGACUAACAAAAAAACAAAGGCAACAAAGCAACUUUUGUAUUCUUUUUAAUGAGUUAAGUAUGUUCCUGUUGUUAUCUUUUUUUUUGGCAGAUUAUUAAGUGAGGGUUCUCUCGCAUCGUCUUUCCUCCCAUGAUUUUUCCGACUUUACUGGCCUGGCAUCGGUAUUUUUUUGUUUCUUUUUUUUCCUCAACCUGCAACGACAUUCUUCAUGUGGGACUUUUUUACUUGAGUUGAUUAUUGUUGAAGCACAGUUGCCAUUAUAUCUCAGUAGAUUCAGGCUUUGUAGGAUGGCAAAGAUUUCAACAGAAGAAGAAUACAGAAUAAAACUAUUUUGCCUUGAGGCUCUGGUUUUCACUUUCACUUUACAGGAGUUCAGAAAGGAUCCACGACUCUGUUCCCAGUUUGUAGUCCUGCUCCAAACCUGCUGCUCCUCUUCUUCCUCCGUCCCCUUCACUUUCUGCACUCGGCCAGCUCUUCCUCUCCUCUGGUUCUCCUCUUUCGACGCUUCCUCCUCUCCCCCUCCCCCUUUUACCGCUGUUCUGUCUGUAUUUAUUUGUCUCUCACUGUACUCAUUAAACAAUGAAUGAAGUAAAUGAACAUUGGGCAAAGAGAUGAGACCUUGACCUGAUUCUCUGUGUGUUAUGUUUCUGAUUCAGGUUGUUUGGAAGUUAGAAAAGAAGCAUAUUUAACAUUUAAUGUAAUUUGGAGUACCUGCAUAUAAUCUUCUGGGGUUUU